UGAAACGUCUUGAUUUUGAUAAAGAAUAUCAAAUAGAUGUACGAGUGAAGAGACUUGAGGGUUAUAAAAUCAGCGAAGUAAGUACAAUUAAAGCAAAUACAACUACUUUUGCACCGGGCCCGCCGAUAGAUCUGCAUUGUAUGUGGACGUUGUCUGAUGGCUUAGAGUUGCGCUGGCGCGCGCCCUUACGCUCUGGAUGUGUACUCACCACCGCCCACGUACGCAUCACCCGAAUCACUCACUGGUACGACCAUGUGUUAUACAAGAGAGACUUGAGCAUUAACAGCAACAACUAUACCUAUGUCCACGCGGUGAACGUGACGCUGGAAGAGGGUCAUGCGAUAUGAUGUGUUCGUGUAUUUCGGCACGGGCUCGAAUAAGCUUGGUAAAGAGGCACAUGUGGCUAGUGUGGCGUCUGGCCUUCCGGAUUAAACGUAACAUCGGGCUCACAUAAUGUCGCUCACGAAAACAGACAAAGUCAUAACGGACGGGGAAAACGUGACAGAGGCCACAACUAUAAUGGACAAUGACGCCAAUGUUGAUACCACAGAGACAAUGACCGAUGAUUAUAUCACAGAGACAAUGACCGAUGAUAAUACCACAGAGACAAUGACCGAUG